CGAUAUACCAUGGAUCCUCACUCCAGGCAUUCUCAAUUCAACCAGAGGCCUCCGAAAACUGGCCCAAUUGCUCUUGCAUCGAGGCACAUGGAUUUUUCUCUUUCAAAGUCGUCGCCAUCGCUCGACGAAUUCACAAGACAUCCUGCACCCUCGCGAAAAUCUUCUUCGGCUUCCUCACCAUCUCUACUCGCCUCCAGGCCGAUAGCCACAAAUUCCAGGAUCAAGCAGGAUGAAAAGCUGAGGAAGGAUAUGUACCUUGCAUUUGUGAAUAAUGCCCUGCAGCAAAAAGCCAUGGGCAUCUGCGAGCCGUUUGAUGAGCUGGUUGAGCAAUUCAAUAUAAACAAACCCGACAACGAUGCCCCAUCUCCCGUGCCUCAGCUGCGGCUUUGGAUACAGGCUUUGAUGCACGUAGUAUCCCGCCUCGAGCGAUCGCAUUCUGCUUUGGUCGAAGCUGUUGUGCGGAUACCCUGGAUGACAAUGGAAACCACUUUCGUGACAUCAUACACGUCGUUUAUUGGGAUAUUGGUCAGUGCACGACCAGAAUAUCUGUCGUUGGUGUUGGGGGAGAUUGCACAUGGAUUCACAUACCAAUCCGGUCUACAAGCGCUACAUGCUGGCCUGCCCGAGAGCUCUUCCUUCCCCCUCACGCGCCGCGUGGUUUAUGACCGCAUACAUCAUCUUCUGCAGCAUCUCCUUUCACUCAUCCCCACGCUUCCUUCGACUCUUCAACCGCUCCUAGUCCGCAAGUUUCCCCAUAAGAGACAAAGCCAGGCAGCGCAAGUCACGUACAUCCGCAAUAUGCUCCGAGUCACGGAAUACUGCCCAGAAAUCGCUGAUAGACUUCUUUCAACGAUCGUAGACCGAGCUGUCCAAAUAGAUGUUGAGAUCCAAAUCGAAAUCGAGGAGCUCGAGGCCGAAGACGCUGCACAAGAGCAACCCGAGUUGUUUGAUUUAGAUCCAUUUGACACCGUUGUUGGUCAGGAGGGUGAUCUUGAUGGAUCCGACAUCGAGUCUGAUUCUGGAGAGCUGAGCGGGGAUGAUUUCUCCGAUCUUUCUUCUGAAGGAGGUGAUCUUGACAAUGAACGCGCCGAGCCAUCAUUAAUCGUCAGCCACAUACAAGAUAUGGUCAACAAGCUGGAUUCUAUCCUAAAGCUAGUAUUUGAUCACUUCGAUCGCACCAAUACCGCUGCCAUCGCAGUAUCCGAUCCUAUACCUAGAGCUGACAUCGCCCGCUCCGACUCGCCGCUAUCGGCGCUCGACAGCAACUCCACCCCCACACUCACUGCAGAGAGCAGCAAAACGCUCCGGCGAAACCAGUUCCACACCCUCCUCUCCAUCUUCGACCGCACGAUCCUGCGCACGUUCAAAUCGCGGUACACGCAGUUUUUGCUCUUCUGGUAUGCUUCGCUCGAUCCAGAGUUCAGCGACAUGUUCCAGGGCGAGCUCGUGUCGAAGGCGCUGCUCGAUGCGGACCAGCCCGUGGUCACCCGUGCCGCGGCCGCGAGCUAUAUCGCGAGCUUCGUUAGCCGUGCGCAAUUUGUCGACCAGGAGUGCACGCGGAGCGUCAUGCGCCUUUUGUGUGGUUUCUUGCGCAGCCAGUUGGACGUGUAUGAAGCGGUCGCGAGCGCGGGGCUAGUGCACUCGGCUGGUAUGGCUCCGCAAAAUGUCUUCUAUGCUGUCGCGCAGGCGGUGUUCCUGAUUUUCUGUUUCCGAUGGCGGGAUCUACUCGAAGACCAGGGUGAGGAUGUCGACGAAUACAGCUCUGUACCAGGCCAUGGCCCAGACAAGAAGUGGAUGCCAGAGCUGUCCAUCGUGCAGCGGAUGGCGACGUCCUUGCUCAAUCCCUUGAAGCACUGCUCCGAAAACGUUGUGCUGCAGUUCGCCCGCAUCUCUCAUGCCACGGGCCUUGUCUACGUCUAUCCGAUCAUAGAGGCGAACAAACGGCUCGAGUUCACUCCGAAUAUGCCAACGCCA